AUGGCAUCCGCUGUCACCCAAACCGCACCUACAGUGGUUCCCGUCGUGGAGGACAAGAUUACGCUCACGGGUCUCGCACAUGAACCUCUCAAGUCCAGUGGAACUCUCGAUGCUUUCGAAUACUUUGAUGUCACUCCAGUCAUUGGACGCGAAUUUCCCAAUGCCAACUUGAAGGACUUCCUGCGCGCCCCCAAUUCCGAUGAUCUGCUUAGGGAUCUUGCCCUAACCAUCUCGCAACGAGGAGUGGUAUUCUUCCGGAAGCAGGAUGGUCUAGACAAUGACCUGCAAAAGGAGCUUGUCCAACGACUUGGUGAACUCUCAGGCAAGCCAAGCACAUCUGGACUGCAUAUCCACCCAGUAGCAAACUCGGGUCGGGAACACAGCGUCAAGGACGAUGAGAUUAGUGUGAUCAGCUCCGCAAGCCGGGAAAAGCUGUACGAAACCAGAAACCGGAAACAGACUGCGCGCAGAGAGUGGCACAGUGAUAUCACCUUUGAGCCCAUUCCUAGUGAUUAUACUCUCUUGCGUCUUACAGAGCUUCCGAAAACCGGUGGUGACACAUUGUGGGCCUCAGGAUACGAGGUUUACGAUCGCAUCUCCGAACCAUACCAGAAAUUCCUGGAGAGCUUGACCGCAACCUAUGCGCAACCCGGCUUCAACGAAGUUGCCAAGCGCAACAAUUUCACAAUCCACCUUGGUCCUCGUGGUGCACCGGAGAAUGUCGGAGAGGAUCUCAUUGCUGAGCACCCUGUCAUCCGUACCAACCCUGUCACUGGUUGGAAGAGUGUCUUUGCGGUCGGCGUACACGUGCAGAAGGUCAAUGGUGUCUCCGAAGAGGAGAGUCGUCAUCUUCUCGACUGGUUCGUAUCUCUCAUUGUUGAGAACCACGACCUGCAGGUGCGCAAUCGCUGGCAGAACCCUAACGAUCUCGCUAUCUGGGAUAACCGAUCGGUAUACCACGCAGCGACUUGGGAUUAUGACGGUCUCGGUCCACGCACUGGACAUCGUGCUGUCGGCCUCGGAGAGAGACCAUAUCUGGAUCCCAAGAGCACUGGAAGACGGGAGGCACUUGCCAAGAGCGAAUAG